AUGCGGGAAACCGACGUGCAGGAGCCGCCUUCAUGGGAUGGCUUCAUCAUGGAGAUCAGCUAUCUACAUCAACAAUUUAGGACUAAGCCCAACCUCAAGCACACCUCCGCGUCCCUCCGGUUCGAGAAGGCCGCCGUCGUGUUCAACGUCGGCGCGGCCUCCUCGAGGAUCGCUGCGGCCGUGGACCGGGCGGCGGAGGGAGGGGUCAAGGAGGCUUGCGGGGAGUUCCAGCGCGCGGCGGGGGCGUUCCGUGCGGUGGGGCAGAUGAUGGAGGGGGGGGAGGGGACGGUGGAUAUGAGCCCGGAGGCCGCGGCGAUGCUGGAGCGGCUCAUGCUCGCGCAGGCGCAGGAGUGCUGCUUCGAGCGCGCACUCGCGGCUGGAACGUCGCCGGCGGCGUGCUCCAAGGUGGCCAGGCAGGAACCGGAUCCCUACCAGGGCGUAGUCUCAGGUUGUAGGGGUGGAAGGAGGGAUGGCGUGGAGGAAGGCGUGGUCGCCGGUAUGUGGGGGGAGGGCGAGGUUGGUAACCUGUUAGCAAACUGGUUGUUGCAAACUGAAUUCAAAACACCAACUGAAUCAGAAUCUUUGCCAUACGCUAUUAAAGCUGCCUUGUACUACGAAGAAGCGUAUGCUGCACUGGUUAUCCCUCCAUUGCAGAACCACUUUGAAAGAUCAUGGUUGUCUCACGUCCAGUUGAAGGCUGCUCAAUUCAAUGCAGAAGCUUGCUAUCGGUAUGCUAUUGAAUUGCAUGACAAGAUGGAAAUUGGCGAGGAGAUAGCUCGACUGCAGUUUGGGAUUAAUGCAGUUGUUGAUGCCAAGAGAACUGCCAGGGGAGCUCCCGCUUCCCUUUAUGAUUCUGUUUCCAGGCUAGAACAAGAUAUGAACCAGAACUUGGAGAAGGCAGUGAAUGAGAACAACCGCAUCUAUCUUAUGAGAAUUCCAGCAGCCAAGUUGUUGUCUCCCUUGCCAUCAGCUUCACUUGUCCGGUCUGCUUCCAAGAGUGAGGUCUUGGAUGCAAAAGCAGAAACUGGCCUUUAG